AUGUCAGAAGAAUUUCAAGAAUCCGAGAUUACAUUUUCCGAUGAAUAUUUCAUGAGUAACAACGUCAAGAGUAGCAACAAAGAAAACACCAAAAGACAGCCGAUGGCCACGGAGAAGAAGUCAUCUCCGGUGAGAAUUCCGUCAAGAACUAUUUUACCGUGUACGGUUGAGGAUGAGGAUGAGGAUGAGGAGGAGGAGGAGGAGAAGGAGAGUAUAACUCCUCCACAUGUCAUAAUCGGAAAACGAAGAACGGAGGCGCAAAUGGCGUUUUCCUUCUGUACCCUUAAAGGAAGAGACUUAAGUCGUCACCGGAACUCCGUUCUUAGGAUGACCGGUUUUUUGGAAGUUUAA